ACGGCGCGGUGGGGAUUAGACCAACUCCUCCCGCUUGCCUCUUGCCCGAAGACCUUCGGCAAGUUCCGCCUCCAGCGAGGAGGGCGGGGCCGCUCGGCCUCCUUCGGGACGGGCUCGGUUGUUUCCGUGCGCGGCCGCUGCGCACUCGGCACUGGGCGGCGCUGGCUGGCUCCCUGGCUGCGGCUCCUCAGUCGGCGGCGGCUGCUGCUGCCUGUGGCCCGGGCGGCUGGGAGAAGCGGAGUGUUGGUGAGUGACGCGGCGGAGGUGUAGUUUGACGCGGUGUGUUACGUGGGGGAGAGAAUAAAACUCCAGCGAGAUCCGGGCCGCGAACGAAAGCAGUGACGGAGGAGCUUGUACCACCGGUAACUAAAUGACCAUGGAAACUGGAGCAGAGAACCAGCAGAGUGGAGAUGCAGCUGUAACAGAAGCUGAAAACCAACAAAUGACAGUUCAAGCCCAGCCACAGAUUGCCACAUUAGCCCAGGUAUCUAUGCCAGCAGCUCAUGCAACAUCAUCUGCUCCCACGGUAACUUUAGUACAGCUGCCCAAUGGGCAGACAGUUCAAGUCCAUGGAGUUAUUCAGGCAGCCCAGCCAUCAGUUAUCCAGUCUCCACAGGUCCAGACAGUUCAGUCUUCCUGUAAGGACUUAAAAAGACUUUUCUCCGGAACUCAGAUUUCUACUAUUGCAGAAAGUGAAGACUCACAGGAGUCAGUGGAUAGUGUAACAGAUUCCCAAAAACGAAGAGAGAUUCUGUCAAGGAGGCCAUCCUACAGGAAAAUUUUGAAUGACUUAUCUUCUGAUGCACCAGGAGUGCCAAGGAUUGAAGAAGAGAAGUCUGAAGAGGAGACUUCAGCGCCUGCCAUCACCACUGUAACGGUGCCAACUCCAAUUUACCAAACUAGCAGUGGACAGUAUAUUGCCAUUACACAGGGAGGAGCUAUACAGCUGGCUAACAAUGGUACCGAUGGGGUACAGGGCCUGCAAACAUUAACCAUGACCAAUGCAGCCGCCACUCAGCCGGGUACUACCAUUCUACAGUAUGCACAGACCACUGAUGGACAACAGAUCUUAGUGCCCAGCAACCAAGUUGUUGUCCAAGCUGCCUCUGGAGAUGUUCAAACAUACCAGAUUCGCACAGCACCUACUAGCACCAUUGCUCCUGGAGUUGUUAUGGCAUCCUCCCCAGCACUUCCUACACAGCCUGCUGAAGAAGCAGCCCGAAAGAGAGAGGUUCGUCUAAUGAAGAACAGUUUAGGAUUUUAAUAUGGAAACAACUCUAAAACAAACAGAAGAAAAUGAAAAUAAAGGUGUACAAAGAUGGAAAAAGUUUAAAAUUGGUGAAAAUAUUCCUCUGCUGUCCACCCAAGAUUCUUCAGAUGCUGUGAUAAAGUGAAAGAAACAGAGAUUGAACUUAGAAGAUACGGCCUCAGGUCUUUGCUCUACCACUUAGCUGUGCUGUUGAGGGAGCAUAAUAACCUUCCCAAACCUGAGUUUUUUUUUGCUUUUAAAACGGGAUGCCACCAUUGACCCAAAGAGCCAAUCUGAGGGUCAAGUAAGAUAACUCUUCUUAAAACACUUUGUAACUGUAGAAUUCUAUUGAAACAUUUCUUUUUAUGCAAUUUCAUGUUUCAGCUCAGAUCAACCUCUUCAUACCUAAAAUGUUCGUAGCUGUUGCAGACUGUUAGGAGAUUACAUCUGAGCUCUAAGAAAAUGGAAGAGUCUUUUCUGGGAUAUUAGAAAAAGAGUUGGAAACAA